AUGCGCGUGAACAGGCCACUGUACACGCUACUAUAUGCGAAUAUAGCAACAAGCAACAAAGAGCCGCAAAUUCCAAUUCACAGCCUUGCUGAUGCGUGCCCCGACUAUGCAUCAUACGCGGCUUAUCCACACAAACCGUUUAGCACUGGGCCUCUCGCCCUUCCGUUUCAGAGGCCGCAGCGACAAUGUCGGACAUUUCAUUCUGAUGAAAUUGAGAGAGUGAUAACAGAUGUCACGACACGGAUGAAGGAUCCAGACUUGGCCCGAUUAUUCGAGAACGCUUUCCCGUCAACGACGGACACGACUAUUAAAUUCCAUAGCAAAGGCAGGGACGCCGGCUUCGUUCGAUUCGGCGGAUCUCGGACUGUCUUGGAUGAUGGCGCCUGGCAAGGGCAUCAUUCCUUCAUAACAACCGGAGAUAUUGUUGCCGAGUGGCUGCGCGACUCAACAAACCAGUUGCGUCCAUAUCAAGCACUGGCAAAGAAUGAUGCCGCUAUUUUUGACUUGAUCCUGGGCGCCAUCAACACACAGGCGGAGUACGUCAUUGAGGCUCCAUACUGCAAUGCUUUCCAGCCUCCUCCCAUCAGCGAUCUUCCAAUAACGUCCAACGGUCAGGACGAUGUUGUCCAUCCGGCAUAUGAGCCUAGUGCUGUGUUUGAGUGCAAGUACGAACUUGAUUCGCUAGCCCACUUUCUGGCGCUUGCGAACGACUUCUAUGAACACACAGGCUCGACAGAUUUCUUGAACGACCGAUGGUAUCUCGCUGUGGAAACGCUUCUCCAAGUUUUGGAAGAGCAGUCAAAGCCAACGUUCGACCCGGAAACGGGACACUAUUCCAGGAACAAGUACACUUUUCAAAGGCUGACAACCCUUGGCACAGAGACACUCAAUUUGCAAGGAAAUGGCAACCCCCUGAACAGCGGCACUGGUCUCAUUCGCUCCGCCUUUAGACCUAGCGAUGACGCCACGAUUUUGGGUUUCUUUAUUCCUGCGAACGCAAUGAUGUCUGUUGAGCUGCGCCGGACCUCCAAGUUCCUCAAAGCUUCAAAUAAAACAUCUCUGGCAGAACGAUUAGGAGAGUGGGGUGAGUCUUUACGCUCCGCUGUCUUGGAGCACGGAGUCGUGACCAAGCCGAAGUACGGUCAAGUUUUUGCCUACGAAGUUGACGGCUAUGGCUCUUCCAUCAUGAUGGACGAUGCAAAUUACCCAUCUCUAUUGGCCUUGCCCCUAAUCGGAUUUUGUGGGAUUGAAGAUCCAAUUUACAAAAAUACAAGAAAAAUGAUCUUGGAAAAUCAGGGCAAUCCCUAUUAUCUGAAAGGAAAUGAUUUUCAAGGGAUUGGCGGCCCGCAUAUUGGGCUGCGAAAUGCCUGGCCGAUGAGUCUUCUCAUUCAAGCACAAACCACAGAAGAUGACGACGAAAUUGAGGCGUGCCUUAACAUGGUCCUUCAGUCAUCUAAACUUGGCCUGGUCCAUGAAAGUGUAAAUGUAAACCAUGUUCGACAGUACACACGCAGUUGGUUUGCCUGGGCAAAUGGCGUUUUUGCCAGUACCAUCCUUGAUAUUGCAAAGCGAAAACCACACCUGAUUUUUGGUCCUGGGUCGUCGCCAUAUGAACCAUGA